AUGCUUGAAAUUCUUUAUUCUCUAGUGUUCUAUUUUAGCUUUUACUGCUUUAUUUUCAUCAUCAAAUAUUUUCAUCAUUUUCUUUCUUUUCUCCAUUCUUUAUUAGUCUUUCUAUUUAUUUUUUCAUUUGUUCAUAUGUUGGCCUGUUUUUCAUUCCAUUCAUAUAUAUCAGUUUUUAAGUAUCUCUUUUUAUGUCGAUAUCUAUUUCACCUUGUUCCUAUCUAUCUAUCUAUCUAUCUAUCUAUCUAUCUAUCUAUCUAUCUAUCUAUCUAUCUAUCUCAUCAUUCUCUUUAUAAGCAUAAAACAUUCCUUCACCUAACAUGCUAUCUAUCUAUCUAUCUAUCUAUCUAUCUAUCUAUCUAUCUAUCUAACAAAAUGUUGCUUGGAAACUGGGCUAGUUUAUUAUUGUUUUGUUCAAUCUGUUCAAAUCUAUCGAUCUAUCUUUUAUUGAUUAGUUUGUAUAUCGGAAGUACCCUUUGCCAAGAGCUUACACACCCCGCUUAUUGCUCAUAUCCGUGUUAUGAUUUUUUUUCUUCUUGUAUUGUACGUAAUGAAUCAUAUUCUAACUUCGUUCUUUCCACCCACCUUGGUGUGCGACCAACUCUCCUAUCAACACAGGGUGGAGCAUCUGGGGUGGGUACCCGGAUCAACGCUGAAUGA